UUCUCCUCAUCGCUAUUUUUUUGUUUGUAUGGGAUCUUAUUCUUGAUUCAAGCUGAACAUCGUCAAUAUAGCAACCUAUCAACCUUGUAAAUGGAGGAUGAUAUAGUAACCCUUAAACUUUCCUUGAUCUUUCAUUAAAAGAAUAAUGCCUGUGCCAGAUCCACAGGCGGGGAGGGCAUUCAUCUGUCUCAUUACCUUGUUUCUUUUCUUGUCCAUAGCUGUCGGAGGAGGUUGUCUUAUUGCAUACACAAUCCUCCCUUACCCACCAAUAUGGCUCUCUUACCUCGGCAUUUUCUUUGUUUGUCUCCCUUGGUUCUUUUGGAUUCUAACCUUUGUAUACCGCAUCGUUUCACGCACUUUUGGAUUUAGGAUGGUUAUUGGAUCUGGUGGUAAUGAUAACACCGCAAGCAGAGAGACCAUGCCAUCUGAUCUUGACCCUCCUGAGAAAUCAUUAGAACCUCUUGAUAAUGAUAAUCCAGAGGAUAUAGCCAAUCCACAAGGCCAAGUUCUAGUGUCUAUGGAAGGGAACCAAUCGAAGAAACGAAUGUCAACCUCUAGUGUUGGUUCUCAUGAAAGUGAGAUGCCACUAGCCAUUUCUAUGGCCUCAUGAUCAUAAAUGUUUUGAUACAAAAUGUGAUAUUGCCAUAGACAACAUCAGUGAGAUGCUACCAAGAUUUGUAGCCUCUUCAAAACAUGGGAUUGUUUGUUGUUUUUAGAUUU